AUGGCCGACGCAGCACGCGACGGGCAGACAGCCCUUGCGCUCCGCCUUGUCAAGAUCCUAGCGCCGGUAGUCGGCGUCGCGACCGAUGCCACCGAGCGCAACGUCGCGUUCUCGCCGUUGUCCGUCCACGCCGCGCUGGCGCUAGUGGCCGCGGGCGCGCGCGGCGCCACGCAGGCGCAGCUGCUCAGCUUCCUGGGGGCGCCUUCGGCCGCCCAGCUCGCCGCAUUCGGCCGCCGUAUCACCGACACCGUCCUCGACGACAGUGAGGGCACCGGCGGGCCGCGCGUGCUCUUCGGCGGUGGGCUCUGGGUCGACGAGUCGCGCGGCGAGAUCAAGAAGGCGUUCCGGGACGUGGCCGUUGGUUCCUACAAGUCCGAGGCGCGUACCGUCAGCUUCAUCAAGAAGCCGGAGGAAGCAGUGGAGAUGAUCAACAACUGUGUGGAGCAAGCCACGAACGGCCUCAUCGACUCAAUCAUCUCCACCGAUGAUAUCGAUGCUGAUACCGACCUUGUGCUCGCCAACGCUGUGUACUUCAAGGGAGUAUGGCUCGAACCGUUCGACUCGCACCGCACCUUGCCGGGCACGUUCCACCGUCUCGACGGCAGCCUAGUGCAGGCGCAGUUCAUGUCGUCGUGUUACCUUGGCCAUUAUUAUGUCUCCUGCAUGGACGGGUUCAAGGUCCUCAGGCUCCCCUACAGGCCCGACCUGGGCGCCUACGAAUGGAAUGAGCUUUUAGAGCUAAGAGAGAUGUCUGCUCGCAAUCGCAUCGGUAGGACUGCAUCUUCGGCAGAUGAUCGGCAGUAUUCCAUGUUCGUCUUCCUCCCUGACGAACGUGGCGGGCUCGCCACCAUGGUCGACCUGAUCACAGCGGCGCCUGCGUACCUCUACGGCGCAUUGCCCCAGACGAAGCCUGAGAUGGUGCUUCUUGAGCUGCCCAAGUUCGAGAUAACCUUCAACUGGGACGUCGAGAGCGACCUCGGUCGGCUCGGACUCUCGCUGCCGUUCUCGCGGGAGGUUGGCGAUCUACGAGGUAUGUGCGAGAAGGACGACGGCUGCAGGAGGCCGACAUUCCUGAGCAAGGUUACGCAUACGGCGAUCGUCAAGGUGAACGAAGAAGGGACCGAGGCGGCCGCGGUCUCAAAGCCUGUGCGAGGCGGGGGCGGUCCGUCGGACAUUGUUGAGUUCAAGGCUGACCAUCCAUUCACUUUCCUCAUCAUGGAGGAGGGGUCAGGGGUGAUCGUGUUCGCUGGACACGUCCUUGACCCUACCAAGUGA